AUGGAUUAUUACUACGUCACGCUACUAAUAAUAAUAAUAUCCGCUUUGACUUGGUUCAUAUACGCAUUAGCAAAUAGAAAUUGUAAUUAUUGGAAAAAUCGUAACGUUCCCUACGUGUCACCCGUACCAUUUUUUGGAAAUUUAAAAUCCCUUUUAUUCCUCGAGAAAAACGUCGGGGAAUUUUUAGGGGAUUUAUACAAUAGUGAAAAAUUACCGGAUCACGGAUUUUACGGGAUUUAUUUAACGAACAACGAUCCGGCAUUGAUAAUAAGGGAUCCGGAAUUGAUAAGAAAUAUAUGCAUUAAAGAUUUUCAACAUUUUUCAAAUAGAAACGCGACGAGCGAUGAAAAAAAUGAUCCACUCGGAUACAAUAACCUUUUCACAUUAACUGGUUCGAAAUGGAAAUUCAUAAGGACUAAAUUAACACCGACAUUUACGUCGGGAAAAAUGAAACAAAUGUUUACUUUGGUCAAAGAAACAUCGGACGAAUUAAUACGAUACCUGAAUGAAAAUUCAAAAGAGAAAAAUUACACGAUUAUGGAAACGAAAAGAAUUUUAGCCAAAUUUACAGUCGACGUCAUAUCAACCUGCGCGUUCGGUAUAAAAUCAAAUUGUUUAAGGGAUGAAAAAUCAACGUUCGGUUUUUUUUCCGAUAUGAUAUUCGAAACGACGGUGAAAAGAGCCUACGAAUGGCGAGCAUUUUUUUUCGUACACUGGAUGAUCAAAGGACUCGGUGGGGUUUUCUUGAGAAAGGAAAGCACGGAAUAUUUCCGUAAAGUUUUCGACGAAACCAUGAAAGAACGUGAGAGUCAAAAAAUAUUCAGAAAUGAUUUCGUUGAUAAUUUGAUCAAAUUGAAAAACGAACAAGAGGAAAAAUUAAAAAAAGAAGAAAAUGGAAAGAAAACUUUUGAUAAAGAUGAAAUAUUCGAAUUAAAAGGUGAUUUACUGUUGGCACAAUCUGUUGCCUUUUUCACCGCCGGCUUUGAAACAACAUCAACGACUAUGACGUAUUCUUUAUACGAAUUAGCACUCAAUCCGGAAGUGCAAGAAAAAUUAAGGGAGGAAAUAUUACGCUCUAUGGAAAAACACGAUGGUUGUUUAACAUACGACGGAAUUAUGGAAAUGAAUUAUUUAUCUAUGGUCGUUUCCGAAACUUUAAGAAAAUAUCCACCGCUACCAUUUUUAGAUAGGAUUUGUACGAUGGAUUAUAAAAUUCCAGGAACGGAUGUCGUCGUGAAAAAGGGAACACCGAUUUACAUUCCCCUAUUCAAUGGGUUACACUACGAUAGUAAAUAUUAUCCGGAACCGGAAAAAUACAUACCGGAAAGGUUCACGGAAGAAAAUAAGAAAACUCGUCAUCCAUAUUCGUAUUUACCGUUUGGCGAAGGACCGAGAACUUGCAUCGGUGCUCGUUUCGGUUCAAUGGUAUCGAAAAUCGGUUUGUGCGCCAUUUUGUCAAAUUUUAAAGUUGAAACGUGUUCGAAAACGGCCGUGCCAUUGGAACAAAAUCACAGAUCCCUUUUGUUUUGCACGAAAGACGGAUGUUUUUUAAAAUAUACAAAAUUAUAA